AUGAGUGUUGUGAGAUGGCCAAGAGUUUUAACGCCAACUCUUCUUUCUCAAAUCCUGAAGAAGCAAAAGAACCCAGUCACAGCACUGAAACUCUUCGACGAGGCAAAAGAGAGGUUUCCAAGUUACGGUCACAACGGCUCCGUGUAUGCCACCAUGAUUGACAUACUUGGUAAAUCCAAUCGUGUGUUGGAAAUGAAAUAUGUCAUUGAGAGAAUGAAGGAAGAUUCUUGCGAAUGUAAAGAUACGGUUUUUGCGUCAGCCAUCCGUACAUUCUCUAAAGCUGGAAAGCUAGACGAUGCCAUCUCACUCUUCAAGAGCCUUCAUGAGUUUAACUGUGUGAAUUGGACUCUAUCGUUUGAUACUCUUUUACAGGAGAUGGUUAAAGAAUCAGAGCUUGAAGCUGCUUGUCAUAUAUUCCGAAAGUAUUGUUAUGGAUGGGAAGUGAGUUCUCGGAUAACGGCUCUGAAUCUGCUGAUGAAGGUUCUUUGCCAAGUGAAACGCUCUGACUUGGCUUCCCAUGUCUUUCAAGAGAUGAAUUACCAGGGCUGUUAUCCUGACAGAGACAGCUACAGGAUUCUGAUGAAAGGGUUUUGUGUAGAGGGGAAGCUUCAUGAAGCUACGCAUUUGUUGUAUUCCAUGUUCUGGAGGAUCUCUCAGAAAGGUUCUGGUGAGGACAUUGUGGUUUACAGAAUUCUGUUGGAUGCGUUGUGUGAUGCUGGGGAGGUUGAUGAAGCUGUUGAAGUUCUUGGUAAGAUCUUGAGGAAAGGACUGAAAGCUCCGAGACGAUGUUACCAUCAUGUUGAAGCUGGUCAUUGGGAAGGUACUAGUGAAGGUAGAGAAAGGGUGAAACGUUUGUUAACUGAGACUUUGAUCCGAGGUGCGAUUCCGAGUUUGGAUAGCUAUAGCGCCAUGGCUAUUGAUCUUUUUGAGGAAGGUAAACUUGUUGAAGGUGAAGAAGUGCUUCUUGCAAUGAGGAAAAAACGCUUUGAGCCAACACCAUUGAUCUACGGUGCAAAAGUUAGGGCACUGUGUAAAGCUGGGAAGCUGGAAGAAGCGGUUUCUGUUAUCAAUAAGGAGAUGAGAGAAGGUCGUUGCCUUCCAACAGUUGGAGUGUAUAACAUUCUUAUGAAAGGUUUAUGCGAUGAAGGUAGAUCAAUCGAGGCUGUUGGAUAUCUCAAGAAGAUGUCUAAGCAAGUCUCUUGUGUAGCUAACGAAGAAACAUAUCAAACUCUAGUGGAUGGUUUGUGUGGCGAUGGUGAGUUUCUUGAAGCGAGUCAGGUCAUGGAGGAGAUGCUGAUAAAAUCGUUCCUUCCUGGUAUUGAAACUUACAGUGUGGUGAUAAAAGGUCUUUGUGGUAUGAACCGGCGAUACGAGGCUGUGAUGUGGUUGGAAGAAAUGGUUAGUCAGGAUAUGGUGCCGGAUUCUUCUGUGUGGAAUGCUUUGGCUGAGUCUGUAUGCAUUGGUGCUGAUGAUGUUGUUGAGAUACUUGAGCAUCUAAUCAGUAGCAAACGUGAAUCAUAUAACUAA